AAGCCCAACCUAGCAACGAAACACCGAGUGCCGUACCAUGAGAGAGUCAGAGACCCGGACAGACGGAGAGAUCGAAGAAUCAGCCACCGGCGAGGGCGGCUACGCCGUCGCCGGCGAAGAGUCAGCGCCGCUGCUACCGAAGCCGUCGACGGCGAAGCAGGCGCAGACCAAGGUCCCGGAGGUCGAGGUCCACCUCUAUCGGCUCGGUAAAGGUCCGAUCGACGUCUUCAAGUCGGCGCUGGGCGGGUGGGGCCAGGACCAGCUGGAAGUCCGAGACAUCCUCGACAAGUACGGAUUCAAAUCGGUCUUCGCCUUCAAACCCGAGUCAGGGCGCGGUGCCCCGAUCCGGUUCAACCCGAGAAAUGGCCGAUCUUUGCUCCCUUACAAAGACGGAGGCGUAAUUUGCAUCGAUGGCGAGCCCAAGGAUUCUCUACUCAAACCUAUUACCAAGAUCUUGCUAGGGGUUGCAUUUAUAACCUGUAUGAUAGCAUUGGUUACAAAGGAAUACCCAGAUUGGAUGCGAAAAUUAAAUAUAUCCGGUGGGAGAAUUCCUCCUUGGAUUCUUGCUUGUGUGGCUAUUGUUUUCACUCGCAUGAAGAAGAGAACUAAGGACUUCAUGAAAAACUGGAGUUGGUGAGUGUAUGCCAAUGCCCCAGGAGCUUUCAUUUUCUAUUCGAAUGUCCAUUCUGAAAUUCAGAUGUUUGUGAAGGCGGAAGCAGCAACUAUAUGCACUCAAGCAAACUCAUGCUUUUUUUGUUGUUGUUGGUGUUGUUGUUGUUGUUGUUUUCAUAGAUAUAAACAUAUGCGUGCAUUGAUGAACAUACAAUAUAGAUUGAGUAUUUGUAUUAAGCAAAGGAGAGUGGUGAUUCCUAAA